AUGGGCGAACUUGGCCGUAAGCUUGGAUUGGACGAGUUGUCUGGUGGGGCGGCGAGCAUCACCAAGGCAUUACUCGCCGAGUUCGUUGGUAAUCUGCUUCUAAAUUUGUUCGGAUGCGGCGCCUGCGUGAACAUCGCGCAGGGCUCCACUGCAGCACCUAACAUCGUGCUCAUAGCUCUGGCUUUCGGACUUGCAGUUUUCGCUAUCGUCUCUGCUAUAGGCCACGUGUCGGGCGGGCACGUGAACCCGGCGGUCACAGUGGGCUUGGCUUCAGCCGGGCGGGUUAAGCCUGCCCGCGCCGUGCUCUACGUGAUAGUGCAGUGCGCUGGCGCCGCCGCUGGCUCGGGGCUCCUCAAGGCUUUCACCCCGGACCGGGCGGCUGGCUCCCUCGGGGUCACUGGCCUCGGCGCUGACGUCACCCAGCUCCAAGGCUUCGGCAUCGAGUUCUUCCUCGGCUUCGUGCUCAUCUUCGUCGUCUGCGGAGUGUGCGACGCCAACAAGCCCGACAGUAAGGCGACUGCACCCCUGGCCAUUGGGCUCACGGUCACCCUGGGCCACCUCCUCGCCGUGGACUACACGGGGUCCGCCAUGAACCCAGCCCGCUCGUUCGGUUCCGCACUGGUCGCCAACAUUUGGAACGACCACUGGGUGUACUGGGCGGGCCCAAUUGCUGGUGGCAUCGCCGCGGCACUGCUCUAUGUCCACGGCUUCUCUGCGCCGCCGCCGGACAACAGUGCUUCACCUCGCUACAGGCCCGUGGCGGGUGACGAAAAGGAGCUCAAGAGGUUGGACGGCAAAGGAGAGGACUUGGCC